UAGGUCCUGAAGUCUGGCUGCUUAUGUUCAGACCCCAGCUCCUUCACUUACUACCUGAACGACCUUGAGCAGUUUGCUUAAAUCUCUUGUAUUUCACUUCCCUGUAAAAUAGGGAUAAUGAUUGUAUCUACCUCAUGUGGCUGUAAAUAGGACUAAGUUAAUUAAAUCCUACCUAUCAUCCAGUGAACACUCAAUAUGUUAGCAGCUGUUAUUAUUAAUUUGGAAGUAUGGCAAUAUCUCAACUUGCCCAGGACAGUCCCAGGUGUGGCAUAACUUAAUAGCAUCUUCCUUUACUCUUAGAUGUAUCCCAGUUUGGAUGAUAAAUUAUAUGGACUCCCUGCCUUUUUCCCAGAGCGCCCAUUCCUGCAAAUAAUUCAGCUGAAGUAAAGAAAUUUUUGCAUGAAGACGGUCAUUGCUAGAUUAUGAAUAAUGGCCAAGGACUAUAUAUAAAACCCAGAAGUCCCAGCAAUUGGGAAACCCUCAGAAAAAGUAUUGGACACACUAAUUAUGAAGAAUGUAAUGAUUAUAUGCGUCAGGCGGGAGAAGUGACCUAUGCAGAUGCUCACAAGGGACGCAAAAAUGAAGGGGUGAUUGAAUUUGUGUCUUACUCUGAUAUGAAAAGAGCUUUGGAAAAGUUAGAUGGAACUGAAGUCAAUGGCAGAAAAAUCAGAUUAGUUGAAGACAAGCCUGGUUCUAGACGACGCCGGUCCUACUCCAGGAGCCGGAGUCACUCAAGAUCUCGCUCUCGAAGCAGACAUUCUCGUAAGAGCAGAAGCCGAAGCGGCAGCAGCAAAAGCAGUCAUUCUAAGAGUAGAUCCCGAUCCAGAUCAGGCUCCCGUUCCCGGAGCAAGAGCCGCAGCCGCAGCCAGAGCCGCAGCCGCAGCAAGAAGGACAAGAGCCGGAGCCCCAGCAAGGACCAGAGCCGGAGCCGCAGCCGCAGCGCCGACAAGCGCCGCAGCAAGAGCAAGGACCAGGCCGAGGAGAAGGUCCAGAACAGCGACAGCACCGGCAAGUCCAAGAGCCGCAGCCCCAGCAGGCAGAAAAGCAAGAGCAAAAGCAGAAGCCGCAGUCAGGAGAGGGGCACGCAGGAGAAGCGGGGCAGCGUGAGCAGGAGCCGGAGCCAGGAGAAGAGCCUGCGCAAGAGCCGCAGCCGCAGCCGCAGCAAAGGAGGCAGCCGCAGCCGCAGCCGCAGCAAAAGCAAGGACAAGAGGAAGGGGAGGAAGAGAAGCCGGGAGGAGAGCCGCAGCCGCAGCCGCAGCCGCAGCCGCAGCAAGAGCGAGAGGAGCAGGAAGCGAGGCGGCAAGCGAGACAGCAAGUCGGGCAGCAGCAAGAAGAAGAAGAAGGAGGACGCCGACCGCUCCCAGUCCAGAUCGCGAUCCCGCUCGGGCUCGAAGGAGCGGGAACACGCCAAGUCUGAGUCUGGCCAGAGGGAAGGCCGAGGGGAGAGUGAGGAUGCUGGCGCCAAUCAGGAGACCCGGUCCAGGUCGAGGUCCAAUUCCAAAUCAAAACCAAACCUCCCGUCAGAAUCACGCUCCAGAUCAAAGUCCGCGUCAAAAACCCGAUCCCGGUCCAAGUCUAGAUCCAGGUCUGCGUCCAGAUCGCGCUCCCGGUCUAGAUCCAGGUCCCACUCACGGUCCUAACUGGCUACGACCACAGCUGGAACUACCCGAGAAGUCUUUUGUACAUGUUUGGUAGCCGUAGCACAAGUGAUUGAAGUAGAACAUAUGUCACUGCUGUACAUUUUUAACUCCCCUAAUGGUGUGUCUACAAUUGUUAAGUCUAAGCGCUUCCUCUCCGUAAAGCCUCCUGGCGUCAGGCCUUCCUGCUUGACUGAAAGCAGUCUUCUCUUUGAAAACCCCCUUUACUCAUGGCCCACAGUAGAAUAUCCAAAAUGCCUUGGCUUUGAGGCCUGGCCUUUCCUACAGGGAGCUCAGUACCUGGAUGUCUUUAAGGCUGGAAUGAUGACAUAGGUAGGUAUGGUGAGUUCAACCAUUUUGCCCUUGAAUUGAUGCCCUUUGAUGUAUGCCAUUUAGUGAAAGUGCUAAGUCUUAAGUUUCCUACCACUUUGGUUUCAUAUUUUUGGACUUAACAAAGUUGUGAAUAGCACAGUCGAGGAAAAUUGAUACCUGCAGUAACCCAUAGGAAAUGAACUGUAGAGUUCCAUAUUCUGGUAUUGUGAUUAUAUUGUUUUAUAUUAAAAAAGAAAAGAAAAGAAUUUUUUUUAAUUUUAUUUUUCCCCGUCUUGCAAAGUAUAGUGACCCCUGUUUCCAUUAAAUUUGAAUAAAGACUAUUUUUGCUUGACAAAA